AGAAGCAGGCGCCAGGGAGAGAAAAAAGUGUGAGAGAAACACAGAGGGUUUUUUGGACUUAACACUAGUCAGAACUCACUGUACCUGAGGUGUAAGAUUUUCAUCUGCUGUGCUGGUGAUUUUUUGGAUCCUGAAACACUCCUCUUCCACCGUUCCACUUUUGUGUAUCUUCAGUAGUUUGCACACACCAGUGGGUAACACCGAAAGGUAGAGCUGGCUACGGUUUUUGAAAAAGUCUUUUCGUCUGUUUCACGGGCACUAUUGGUCCUAUUUUUAUCUCAAGUUGGUGUCUUAACGUGAUUUUUAUAUCAUCGGAAAUCAUGAGUACCUUGGUAAUGAACACAACAGGAGAUGGCAAUGGUGCGAGCAUGGACUUCAUCCACAAUCGGAUUGAGUCGCUCAGCAGCAAGAUGGACAGGCUCAUCAACAUUCAAGAAAAGGUUCUCAGCCGACUGGAUGGAAUGUCUCAGGACAUUGACGACAUUGAACACGAUAUGGAGAAUCUGAAGGUGGACAAGGAGGAGAUCCAUUUUCCACCCAAGAUGAUGAACCAGACCCAGGUCAUGGGGCGAGAGGUGAGGGCGAUAUGCAAGGAGAUGAGCACCAUAAUGUCGGCGGUGAACCAGCGGUCCGAGCAGCAGGCUGAGAAGCUCGAUGGGAUGGAAAAACUGGUCCUCGGCAUGCAGCAGGUGAUCAGCUUCAUUGGGGAGACGGUGAAGAGUUCCAAGGUUAUGGAGCUGAUCCUCAAAGGCCCUGCGGCUCGGAAGGGCCUCAAACAAAAAGACAAUAAAGGCAAGCAAGCCAUUAAGAGGAAAUCCUCUAUGGACACGGAAAACAAGAAGCUUGACAAGAAAUCUACCUCUAAUAAAGCCAUUAAAGGGAACCAAGAGAUAACUCCUGCAUGUGAGCCCAGUUCUCCAAAGCCUUCUCACAGGAUAAAGCUCCAUGGACCAAAGCAUUUCCUCGCCUGUCCCAAAUGUGGAAAAUUUCUCAAAGACCACAAAGGGGAUGGGACGGAUAAGCCCUCUUUGAGCCCUAAGGGUUUGAAAGCUCAAAAGAAGAUGAAGCCUCCAGACACAGCAGAAAAUAUUUCCUUGAAGAAGCAGGCGUUGCUUCUCGAUGAGGUGCAGAAGCUCAACAGGGAGAAUGCUGAGAAGUCGGGUCACCAGCUCGCCCCUGGAUGUCUGGAUCUGGAGGCUGGAGUGGCCCCUAAGGAUCAACAACCGGAUACCUCUGCUUGCAACUUGGUGAACUACCUGCGUGAAGAUACCGAAGCGGCUGCGGAUGAGAAACAGGAGGGUGUUGUGGCCAUUAGUGAGGAGGAGGAGGGAAAGGAGAAGGUGCAGGAGGCAGCAGUCACAGAGAAGAAACCCAAGCUUAAUGUAGAGAAGAAGAAAGAGGAAGAAAAGCUUCCAGAGGAAAAGAAGGAAAAGGUUGCUGCUCCUGAUGAGGAAGUAGCCAAAGCCCCGGAGCUGCCUGCUGCCCCUAAAGAGAAAGAAGAGAAGACUGCGACCAGCAGUGAUGACCACAAAGAUGCCACCCCAGAGCCUGAGCAGGACCAGAUAUUAAAGGUCACCAGCAUGAACACCAAGAACGGUUUGACUGAGGAACAUUUUGUGGUGGGGGACCACACUAAGAGCCAGGUGGUGGUGGAGGAGGUGGAGGAGGGGAAGAAGGAAGAAAACGAGGGGGAUGAACAGAAGCUUGAGUCUGACGGCUGGGCCGUCUUCAAGGCAGACGGAGUUGAAUUCCAGAUAGACCUCAAAGAAAGGUUGGAGAGAGUGCUGAAGGAAAAUGCUGCCAAAAAGGAUGCAGAAGAGGAGGGUGAUGAAGAUGCAGAGCAGUACUUUAUUGAUACCAGUCCUCCUCCGGUGGCUCCCUUUAAUCACCGCAUUGUUUCUGCCAAGCCCAACCAGAUCAUCAACUUCUACACCAUCAACUGGCAGGAGGUCCUGGGCGGGGGUCGUUUUGGCCAGGUGCACAAAUGUGUUGAGAACUCCUCUGGUCUCACUUUGGCAGCGAAGGUCAUCAAAGCCCGGUCUCAGAAAGAAAAGGAGGUGGUGAAGAAUGAGAUCCAGGUCAUGAAUAAUCUGGACCAUGCCAGCCUGAUCCAACUCUAUGCAGCUUAUGAGUCAAGGAAUGACAUCAUCCUUGUACUCGAAUAUGUUGGCGGAGGGGAGCUGUUUGACAGAAUCAUUGAUGAAAACUACAAGUUAAUGGAGCUGGACGCUGUUGUCUUCAUCAGGCAGAUCUGUGAGGGGCUGCAGCACAUGCACAAAAUGUACAUCCUGCACUUGGAUUUAAAGCCCGAAAACAUCCUGUGUGUGAACAGAGCCACAAAUAAGAUCAAAAUCAUUGACUUCGGUCUCGCCAGGGUAUAUAAACCACGUGAGAAACUGCGAGUGAAUUUCGGCACUCCGGAGUUCCUCGCCCCUGAAGUUGUCAACUACGAAUUUGUGUCUUUCAACACAGACAUGUGGAGCCUUGGCGUCAUCACCUACAUGCUUCUGAGCAGUCUCUGUCCCUUCCUCGGGGACGAUGAUAACGAGACUCUGAACAACAUCUUGUCCUGUAAGUGGAGCUUUGAGGAGCAAGAGUUCAUAGAUACGUCUGAAGAAGCCAAAGACUUCAUCACCAGACUCCUCGUCAUGAAUAAAAGUUGGAGGAUGGGGGCGGCUGAGGCCUUGAGACAUCCUUGGCUGUCUGACCCGACCCUUCAUCAUCGCCUAUAUACAAAGAAAACUAUGUGCAGAUCCCGGCGAUCAUCAUGCGUGCCCACAACUGACAGUUGAGGGCUACAAUGAUGUGACGGCUUCAGCUGUGGCCACUCGGACCAAUUUUCAGUCCAUGCACGGUGCCGCAUGAGCUGAAAUUCUGGCAAACCUUUUCCUGACAUGUGAUCCACUGACAAUAUACAGGCAAACACACUUUUGUUUAAUUGGAAUUAUUCAUGAGAAUGUAUUUUCCUUAAAAAUUGUGAUGCAAGAGAACACAGGGUAAAAAAGCAAUACCAGGAAUAUCGUUUUGGUUAUUUGUGCAGGGUGUUAGUUAUUUUUCAUCCCCUCGUAUAUGGCUUUUCAAAACGGUGCUAAUGUCAUAAUCGGACUUACCCUCAUGACACAUGUAUUAUUAUAGAACUUGUUUAUGUGUGGCACCUUUGUCUUGAAAUGCGCACAUUUUCCUUUCUUUCUUCACUUCGAAAAAUACCCACUCCUUGAGCCACUCUCAUGUAUCUCUAACCAAAUACACUGUGCUGUUAUUGUCCACUGCUUUUGUGUGAAGGCUACAGCAUGAUUCGUAUUAUGUGAUUGGUGCGUUUCUUCCCGUCUCAGUUACAAAUGUUACCCAAUAUUUUUUUUCCGGGUUGUAAAUAAAUGCUGAACUGUAGAUUUAACAUUCAGAUUCUCAUAUAUAUCUUAGGGGAUAGACUUCUUUACAAUGUUGGAUGUGCGUUGUACGUAUGGACAGAAUGGAAUUUGUGUGGUCGGUGUCAUGAGCCGUAGUAUGUGCACUUUAUAAUGUUAUUUAUUUAAACAUAGAUUACACAUGAAGCUACCAUAGUUCCAGUGAAAAGGCCUGUGUGGUCAGAUCUACCCAUAUUCCCUUCCUACUUGUGUUUCAUCCUGCUUUCUCUGUGUGUUUAGAUAGAAAGCACAUUUUUACUGUAUAACAAACCAACACCGUUUAUGUCUUAUCAGCUGUUUUAAUCCUUCGUUGCAUGUCUUUGUGUGUGUAUGUGUUUUGUCAGCCAGUUUAAGUAGCCACACAUAGAAAUCACUUUUUUUAAACUGUUUUUUUUUCACUCUAGCUGCAUAUUUGUGUUACUGUAGAUGCUUUUUCCACAAAACAAAGUUAUGAUAGAAAUGCCUUCUGUGAAGGAACACUAACUGAAAGUAAAACAUUACCUGCCUAAUGCUGCCUAUAAGUUGAUCAAGGGUUAGAACUACAUUUAUGUGGUUUUAAUUGAACUUCAUUAUGAAUGUUUCAUUUUUCUUGUUGAACACAGAGUGCUAGUAAAAGACAUUAUCCUCACCGUGUGUUAAUGAUUUCACAUUCAGCAUGUAUUUGUGAAGUGAGUACACAUCCAUUAAACUGAAAUUGUGUCUUAA